AUGGACUUGUUCCGGAUCAGAAUCAACUGUAUCGACCACUAUCAAGCGACGCCAACACUAUAUGACCCCCAGCUUCGCAACGAUAUUCGCCCUUCCCAGAUCUCCAAGGGCCCUAAAGUCCCUGUAGUUCGCGUUUUUGGAGCCACUGAAACGGGACAAAAAGUAUGCGCUCACAUCCAUGGCGCGUUCCCGUACUUAUAUGUGGAAUACGAAGGAGGCUUAUCGCCUGAUGAAGUCGGUGCUUAUAUAUAUCGUUUUCAUCUGUCUAUUGAUCAUGCGUUGGCUGUCAGCUAUCGCCGAGACCAGAAGAACGACAAUGCAAAGUUCGUGGCAAGGAUUACUCUUGUCAAGGGUAUUCCCUUCUAUGGCUUUCAUGUGGGGUAUCGUUUCUUCUUGAAGAUUUACAUGUUUAACCCUGUCGUUAUGACGAGGUUGGCAGAUCUGCUUCAACAAGGUGUUAUUAUGAAGCACAAGUUUCAGCCGUACGAAGCACACCUUCAAUACCUCCUCCAGUUCAUGACAGACUUUAACUUGUAUGGCUGUGACUACUUGGAAUCAUCAAGUACUGGCUUUCGUUCUCCCGUUCCUGAAUACGAUGAAGAAUCGAAUUAUUCGCACUUGUGGCAUAGCCAGUCUAUACCAGGGGAGGACAUUACCGACGAGACCACACUUCCCCGCAACAGCCACUGUUCAAUUGAAGUGGACAUUUGCGUACAGGACAUUAUCAAUCGAAAAAAGAUCAAGGAACGACCACUUCAUCAUGACUUUGUAGAGCGGACUAAUCCUCUCCCGGAAGAUAUGAAGCUUGUAUACAGUAUGGCUGGACUGUGGAAGGACGAGACCAAGAGGCGCAAACGAAAAAUGCAAAAUCCUGGCAAAGGAAGCAGUCCGUUCCCGCCGGAAGUCCUCGUAUCAAUGUCAGCCAAUAUUCGAGACUCACAGCCGCAGGGAUGGCUUCAUGAGGAAGAAUUUCGUACCGAGAUUCAAAAUCUCAUCUCCGCGGAGAAGGUUGCCACCGAUUCGGAGGAGCUCACCUUUGAGACCUUUGCGAAGCCUCAUCCGUACGAGGAACAUGUCAGAACUACACUAGAAUCUGUUGAGGAUCUCUUUCCAUCGAAACUCGCACCAGCCUUGGGAUUGCCAUCUGGAGUACAAGCCAAUCAGGAUUUGGCAAGUAGCAUCAUUGUUGAUGAGCAUAAAGGGCGUCAAGUUGGAGAGGAGCACGAUGACUUCUUCCCUGAUGAUUCGGACGAGGAAGCCAUCGCGAACCUUGUAGCAAUGGAGAAGGCUACCGCAAAAGGUUCUCGUCGUUCUACAAACCAAUUGCCAGAAGAGGACAUUGAGCAAGCUGCAGCACUCGAUCUCGAAUUUGAUGAAUUUGACGAGAAUCUACCUUGGACGUCGAUCGCUGGAGUUUGCCAAAGUGGACUUGCUUCUGGCAAGCUACCUAAUAUUCCUUUAAGCAGAGAAUUACUUGAUUUUGCAGAGAACGAAGGGUUAAUCGGACGGGCAGCAAAGGCACCAGCGCUUACCUCGUCAAGUUCGGCGCAGCUCAAGCGACCGUUGACUGAUAUAGCAUCACUCCAAACAUCUAAAAAGAAGCCCCGUCUCGACGAGCUGUCGAUGAUGGAUGACAAUGAAAUGGACUUAGUUCCCAUCCCUUCGACAGACCUGAACAAGCAUUCUACUCCUUCAUUCAGGGGGCCCUCUAUCCUCAAAGUUCACUCGUCCAUCAACAAUAACGGUUCCAUAUUGAAAGGAGUUACUGGUUCUCACCAAAAGCUGAACUUCCCUACAGUUAAGGACCAAAACGACCCAAACACAAAACUACGUCUUAGCCAAAUGAGUCAGAAAUCCGCUUCACAACAGACUGACGAUGGCCGUCAUACCAAGCACGUUUCGUUUGAUCCAAGCAGCUUUCUGCCUGUUGAAGCAUGUCCGACUCAGGUGACUUUAUCAUCAUCUCUCAUAUCAUCCGGCGCGUACGAAGAAGAGAACGACACUCAGCAGUCCAAGAUACAGCGAGCUAUGGGUAGGUUCGCCAAUACCCAAGUACACUUGCUAUCUUCCCUCCCUCCCUCUGCGGCCUCUGUGGUAUCUUCUCUGAAAGACCAUAUGAUUCCUGAUGUUAUUUACCAGGAUGCACAUUACAGCAAGGAGAAAGAUGUUCCUGGACGAACGCGCGAAUACGCUGGGAAAGAGUUCCGAUUAGGAGGCAAUACUCUACCUUUUCUCCCAGAGUUUGAUCCAACAGCAACAUCGCCAGCCAGUCACGGGCUUAAAUACGAAACUACCGACAAGGCUGUCGCUGACCUGCAAUAUGAGCGACAGGGAAAGAAGUGCUCGUUAAGAAGCUGGGAGUUUGCAAGUCUACCACCUACAUAUCGCGAAGUCGAAGAUUGGUGGUAUGAGAAAGAACGCAAAGCUAAUGCGCCUGAGGGGUCCAAAUUACCAUCGACUCCAAGGCACUUUAAUUCUCAAAUUGAAGGACCAACACCAAAGAACAGGCAUGGCUUCAAGUACACGCCAGGGAAGAAAUCAACAAGCGUACAGCACGAGGUCCAAUACAUGAGCACGAUGAGCUUGGAGGUACAUGUGAACACAAGAGGGAAAUUCGUGCCGAAUCCUGAAGAAGAUGAGGUCCAGUGCGUUUUCUGGGCAAUCAAGUCUGAUGGGAGUACUUCUGAUAGUCAAGAGUCAGCAAGCGCUCUGCAAACAGGCAUUUUGUUAUUGUCUCAUGAUGCUGAAUUCACCCAGCGUAUCCAACGCCAGACAACUGCCGAGGUCAUUGAGGAAACAUCUGAAUUGGAUCUCAUGGUUCGGAUGGUGGAAAUUGUGAGAAACCAUGAUCCUGAUAUCUUGACAGGGUAUGAAGUUCAUGGCAGUUCGUGGGGCUACCUGAUUGAAAGAGCACGGCUGAAAUACGACUACAACCUUUGCGAUGAGUUUUCCCGCAUGAAAACCGAAUCGCAUGGUAGGUUCGGCAAAGAAAACGAUCGAUGGGGGUUCAAUACCACAUCGACGAUUCGAGUGACUGGUCGCCACAUGGUCAAUAUCUGGAGAGCAAUGAGAGGAGAGUUGAAUCUUCUUCAAUACACGAUGGAGAAUGUUGUGUGGCAUUUGCUUCACCGACGAAUCCCUCAUUACUCUUGGAAUUAUCUAACGAGCUGGUAUAAGAGCGGCAAACAUCGAGAACUCGGCAGAAUGCUGAGGUACUAUCAGAACCGUACAAAACUCGACAUUGAGAUCCUGGACGCCAACGAACUGAUCGCUAGAACUAGCGAACAGGCACGGCUUCUUGGUGUGGACUUCUUCUCGGUCUUUUCACGAGGAUCGCAAUUUAAAGUCGAGUCGAUCAUGUUCAGGAUUGCCAAGCCGGAGAACUUUCUUCUUGUAUCACCCAGUCGCAAGCAAGUUGGUGGUCAGAAUGCUCUGGAGUGUUUACCACUUGUCUUGGAGCCACAGAGCGCCUUUUAUAAUAGCCCCCUCUUGGUUCUUGACUUUCAAAGUCUGUACCCGAGUGUCAUGAUUGCCUACAAUUAUUGCUACUCGACCUUCUUGGGACGGGUCACGAACUGGAGGAACAUGAACAAGAUGGGUUUUACCGAGUAUAAGCGACAGCAAGGCCUUCUUGAGCUGUUGAAGGAUUACAUCAACAUUGCUCCAAACGGCAUGAUGUAUGCAAAGACGGAAAUCCGCAAGUCACUACUCGCCAAGAUGCUAACCGAGAUUCUCGAAACCCGUGUCAUGGUCAAGAGUGGUAUGAAGCAAGAUAAGGACGAUAAAACUCUACAGCAGCUCUUGAAUAACCGACAGCUUGCUCUCAAAUUGCUCGCCAACGUUACUUAUGGCUAUACCUCUGCAUCGUUCUCUGGUCGUAUGCCAUGCUCUGAGAUUGCGGACAGCAUCGUGCAAACCGGCAGGGAGACUCUCGAAAGAGCGAUCGCUUAUAUCCACUCAGUCGAGAAAUGGGGUGCAGAAGUUGUCUACGGCGACACUGACAGUCUGUUCAUCUCUCUGAAAGGCAGGUCAAAAGAUGAGGCAUUCGAUAUUGGCAAUGAGAUCUCAAAAGCAAUUACCGAGAUGAACCCCCAGCCAAUCAAGCUCAAGUUCGAGAAGGUCUACCAUCCUUGUGUUCUCCUCGCCAAGAAGCGAUAUGUCGGUUAUAAAUACGAAAGUAAAGAUCAGGUGAAGCCCGAUUUCGACGCCAAGGGAAUCGAGACUGUCCGUCGUGACGGUACGCCUGCCGAACAAAAGAUCGAGGAGAAGGCUCUUCGCCUCCUGUUCGAGACAGCCGAUCUCAGCCAAGUCAAGGAUUACUUCCAGAAGCAAUGUCAAAAGAUCAUGCGAAACAACGUUUCGGUCCAGGACUUUUGCUUCGCCAAGGAAGUCCGUCUGGGUACAUAUUCUGACAAGGGUGCGCCACCUGCAGGAGCUCUCAUCAGCACCAAACGCAUGCUUCAGGACGCGCGUGCAGAACCACAAUAUGGCGAGAGAGUUCCCUACGUGGUCAUUACUGGUGCUCCAGGGGCGCGACUCAUCGAUCGAUGCGUGGCGCCUGAGGAACUGCUUAGCAACCCACACUGGCAGCUCGAUGCGGAGUAUUAUAUUUCCAAGAAUCUGAUUCCCCCUCUCGAGCGAAUCUUUAAUCUUGUAGGUGCGAACGUUCGGCAGUGGUAUGACGAGAUGCCAAAGGUGCAGCGUAUUCACCACGCAACCUCUCUCGGAAACAAGAAGACGACACUCGAGUCAUAUAUGAAGUCCAAGCACUGCCUUGUAUGUGGUGUCAAGUACUCCCAGGACGACAAUCCCCUUUGUCUGGCCUGCCGCACGAACAUUCCCUCAUCGAUACUCUCACUUCAGACGCGGCUGACAUCCGAGGAACGCCGACUGCAAGAAGUGCUUUCACUCUGUCGAAGCUGCUCCGGUGUUGCACCCGUUGAAGAUGUCCAGUGCGACAGCAAAGACUGUCCUGUGUUUUGGACACGUAUGAGGCAGGCCAGCAAGACCAGAGGAGAGCGGAAUGCCAGCCAGCCUGUAAUACAGUCACUGGUGGAGGAAGUUGAGAAAUUGUCACUGGAUUGGUGA